CACCUCUAGCACUUACCUACACAUAUACGCGGUCACACUGGUUCGUUCUCUACAGACAUCGUGAAAAAAAUCGGCGCGCCAUUUCUGUCCAUCUUUUGCGUCCGCCUUCGCUUUGUUUAUGCUGACUUCGUGGUUUUCGUGUGUAUUUUCAUCUUAGACAGCCCGGGCGACCGCCUGCCGCCCAAACUCCAGGAACUGCGCCAUUUCUGAUCGUUGGCCAACGUUGUGAAAUCAAAGGAAUUGCUCAUCGCGGUAGCGUCUGGAGCACAAAGGAAGGAAGCUUCUCAAAUACAUGUGUGUAAUCUGAGCGACGAGACGAGUGUUUGAGCAACAUGUUUGGCGGCUCAAAACCUACCUUCGGGGCGACACCCGGAGCCACCAGCUUCGGCAGCUUCAGCGGCACCACAGCCGCCACUCCGUUUGGCCAGUCUGCGUUCGGCAAGCCGGCUGCUCCAGCCUUUGGCAACACCUCCACAUUUGCCGCCCAGCCUACGCAGCCGUCGCUCUUUGGUGCAGCAGCCACGCCUGCGCAGCCCACGGGCGGAUUGUUUGGAGCCAGCACUUCCAGUGCGUUCGGGACCACCACAACAGCCCAGCCUUCGACAUUUGGAGCAUUCUCGCAACCACAGCAGACCUCCAACAUAUUCGGAUCCACUCAGGCGGCACCCAGCAACUCGCUCUUCGGCCAGUCGACGCUGCCGGCCUUUGGAGCUGCCAAACCGGGAAUGACGGCCUUCGGCCAAACGGCCGCUGCCCAGCCCACUACUUCGCUGUUUGGCCAGCAGGCUACGUCGACAAGCACCUCUGGAUUCGGCUCCUUUGGACAGGCAGCGCCUACUAACACCAGUGUCUUUGGCAGCGGCACUGCCUCCGCGUUUGCGCAACCCCAGGCCACCGCUGUGGCUACUGGAGUUAAUUCAGGUACUGCCGUGGCCAAGUAUCAACCAACAAUCGGCACUGAUACUCUGAUGAAGAGCGGCCAACCAAAUAGCGUCAACACGAAGCUGCACUGUAUCACGGCCAUGAAGGAGUACGAGCUGAAGUCGCUGGAGGAGCUGCGCAUGGAGGACUAUCUCUGCUCGCGCAAGGGUCCGCAGGCAGGCAGUGCGCCAGGAGCGUUUGGAUUCUCCAGUCAGGUGGCCCAGCCGCAGCCACAACCGGCGACCUCCGGUUUGUUUGGGAGCACGCAGCAGCAAGGUACGAGUCUUUUUGGUCAGACCGAAAACAAGAGCCUGUUUGGCACCUCGGCCUUUGGGCAGCAGCCAGCGACUAGCAGUGCCUUUGGAGCGCCGGCACAGCAGAACAACUUCCUUCAGAAACCAUUCGGAGCAGCCACUACCACACCUUUUGCUGCUGCGGCCACUGACGCAUCUAACCCGUUUGGAGCAAAGCCCGCCUUCGGACAGGGAGCUAGCUUGUUUGGACAGACACCGGCUACUAGCGCUGCACCAGCUUUCGGUCAGACCAGCACCGGAUUCGGCGGCUUUGGAACCGCGGCUGGAGCCACCCAGCAGACAUCACUAUUCGGUGCUGCACCCGCUGCCGAUCCCAACAAGUCGGCGUUUGGACUAGGCAGUGCCGCUCCAGCAGCUACCGCAGGAUUUGGUUUUGGGACUCCCGCCACAAGCACCGCGAGCGGAGGACUCUUUGGGGCGAAGCCGGCCACUAGCUUUGCUGCGCCUGCUUUCGGAGCUACUUCAACUGCAAACACCGGCUUUGGAGGUUUCGGUAUUAACACCAGCACAGCAGCCACGGGCGGUGGACUUUUCAACUCUGGAUUGAACAAACCAGCCACUUCGGGAUUUGGAGGUUUUGGAGCCACCACUGCAGCACCGCUAAACUUCAACGCCGGCACAACGGGUGGAUCACUAUUUGGGCAAGCGGCUAAACCCGGCGGCCUCUUUGGAGGUGGAACUUCGACCCUGGGAGGCACGGGAGCUGCUCCAGUUGGCGGUCUCUUUGGAGGUGGUACCAGCGCUUUCGGAAAUGCCGGCGGUUCGUUGGGCGGUGGCUUUGGUGGCCUAGGAACAAGCACCUCGAUGACCGGAGGACUGAUGGGUGCCCAGCCCACUGUGGGUAUAACGACGCCAUCGCAUCAGCCCAUACACCAACAGAUCCUGGCCAGGGUCACCUCCCCCUAUGGAGACUCACCUAUUUUCAAGGACUUAAAACACGGCAACGAGGCCGACGCUACCAGAGCCACAAAUCCGGCUGCCCAGCAGGCAGUGCUGGACCUUAACAGCAACCAGUACAAGAUUGCCACCAAGGACAUACCAAAUCCAGUGAAGGUGAAGGCUCUGGGCAGCACCAUGAAUCGGAAGUCCCUAUUUAAUGGCCUCGAAGAGUUGGAUACGAGUGUGGAGUGCUUUAAUCUCAAGCCAACCGCCAAACGUCUGGUUAUCAAGCCCAAGGUGACUCCUGUCGAUACCGGAAGUGUCUCCAACUCAAAUGGCAGUGCUCCCAGCACUCCGCAGUCGCGUGCAAGAGUGGGAACUCCGAACAAGGAACGCGAAUCAUUCACCGGCGCUAUUCCCAGUGAGCCACCGCCAGCAGGACACUCGCCAGGAGGGGCGAAUGGCCGAGAAAGUCAGGAAGGCACUCGUCGCGAGUCGUGGCUUUAUCCGAACAACCUGGAGAAAGUGCGUCAGCACAAUAUCCAGACCGGAAUGGAUCAAGCGUCUCCCCACAACAGCACACUUAACGAGCUUGUGCCCCGAAAACCUCUCGAGACAUACCGCCCAUCGUCAACGGUGCGCUUGUCGGUGUCCACCAUUCCGGAGAACCCCUUCGAGGAUCAGGCCAGCGCUAUUGCUAGGCGCGACACAUUCACUUCGGAUCAGGCCAACGACAGUGCGCUUUUGAGCAGAUCCCACGAGGCGGAGGAGCACUCGGCAAACCGUUCACGUCUGGCCAUCCAGGCGGCUGCUGGCGAGGGCGCCGACUAUGAAGCACAUCCCACAGGCAUAGUGCUACGCCGUGUAGGGUACUACACCAUCCCAACGCUGGACGAUCUAAGAUCUUACCUAGCCGAAGAUGGAUCCUGUGUGGUGCCAAACUUUACAGUUGGACGCGAGGGCUAUGGAAAUGUUUUCUUCGGCAAGGAACUAGAUGUUGCUGGCCUGAAUUUAGAUGAGAUCGUACACUUCCGGAACAGGGAAAUUAUUAUUUAUCCCGAUGACGACAACAAGCCUCCCAUUGGCCAGGGCCUGAACCGAGACGCUCAGGUAACCCUCGAUCAAGUAUGGCCAUUGGACAAGACGAAACAUGAAGCCAUUAAGGAGCCGCAGCGCCUCCUUGAGAUGGACUGGGAAGGCAAGCUGCGACGGGUUUGUGACAAGAAUGACACACGCUUCAUCGAGUACCGUCCGGAGACGGGCAGCUGGGUAUUCCGCGUAAAACACUUCUCGAAAUACGGUCUGGACGACAGCGAUGAGGAGGAACAAGUGCCCACCGAUCCAAAAAAGGCUAAAAUGAUUUCCUUGGAGGCGCAACAACGAGCAGCUGCUGAUAAAAUGACACUAAAUUCACUGCGACAGGCUCAAAAAAUAUCGGAAGAUGCGGCCCGCAACCUUGAUACAAAGGCAUUGGUCGCUGGAGUGGCCAACGGAUCCAGAUCAAUGGACGACACAGCUGAGUUCUUGCUUUUUGAUAAAACGCAGUUUUUCCAAGCCGGCAUCGGAUCAAAUUUCUCCAUGUUCGAUGCACCGCUACGUCCCUACCCGUCCAUCACUAGCCCCACUGCCGCUGUGGCCCAAGAAAUGGUGGGAAACGAACCGCACAAGAUGCAACUGAUGAAGUCCUCCCUGUUUGUGGAGGACAAUGCCAGCGAGGAUGAGGCUAUGGAACCAAUCAGAGGACAUCGCAACUUGUUCAACGUUGACCCUUCUCCAUGGAAGGACGGCGUCUCAGAGAACUCCAGCCAAUACGACUUUGGGCACCCAUCUGCUAUGCCCGUCUCAUCCUCGGCCUCUGUGGCCAGCCUCAUGUGCGACGCACAGUCCGAGGAAACUUCAUCAAUGGCAACCGGCAGCGAAAAGGAGAAGCACACGGAUUCCGUCGUCUUGAAGCCCUUCAAAUUUGUCUGCAAGCCCAAGGUGGCAUCGGUUAAGGUGUUUGCCACCACGGUUCCCUUACCGCGAUCCAUCGCCUAUGAUUUACGUCAAACCUGGAUCGCUGAUCUGGGAUUAUAUAGGGGCCGAAGUUUUAAGCUAAGUUUUGGACCAAAAAACUCCCUGGUAUUGCCGAGCACCUUCAACAACCUACGCAAUCUCAAAGAAUUUUCUGGAUCUGCAUUGCCCGCUUCGCUGGUUUUUGCGCCACGUUUGGCUACCGAUAUGUCACCCAGUGUAAUGCAAAUGGUGCAGUUUAACAUGGUCAAGGGCAAUGGGAGCAUUGCUGAUGGCAUCAUUGCCCACCUGGAGGUACAACUGCGAGACAGUCUCGCUGUGGAGGUGGAGGGCAGCGAGUGCCCCUGGCUGCACCCGAACAACGGCACAGAUUUGGUGUCUAAACACUUUGCCGAGUCGUUAAAGCAGAGAGACGCCGGCGAGAUAGAGGAGUACUAUGUGUCCGUGUGGUCGCUCCUGUUUGCGCUGUGGGGCGUGCAUGACGAGCUGCUGGACAUGGAUGUCAACUCGCAUUACAUGGUUAUGUGCCGGCGCAGCCUGCUCUCAGAGUGGCUCGAGAAUACGCUAAUGGGCAAGGAUUUGCUCUCGAAGAAAGUGAGCAACCACAGCUACCUGGAGCACAUGCUGGAUCUGCUCUGUUGCCACCGCGUAAGCGAAGCUUGUGAGCUGGCCUUCAGCUACGAUGACGCGAAUUUGGCUCUUGUGUUGGCCCAACUCAGUUCCGGUCCAGACUUCAGAUUGCUUAUGGAAGAGCAGUUAUACGCCUGGCAGCAGAGUAAGUCGGACAAGUACAUCGACCUGGAGCGCUUAAAGAUGUUUAUGCUGGCCGCCGGAGUGCCCAUGAUGCAGAGUUCCCAAGGAGCUAUAAACCUGUUGGAAGAUCAAAACUGGCUGACGGUAUUGGCAAUGCAGCUGUGGUACUUCACAGCCCCAACCUCCACCAUAACCGAUGCUCUUAAUGCAUACAACAAGGCCUUCAAGGCAGAGGAGUGUUAUGCGGAGCCCCCGAAGCCAAGCUACAAGGAAGCACCUGCUAUUGAAAAGAAACCCGUCUACGACAUGCGCUACCACCUGCUCCAGCUGUAUUCCAAGCGAACGCAUUCCCUGGAAGAAACCCUCAAUCCGAUUACACAUACCGCCGAUCCCAUGGACUUCCGUUUAAGUUGGCUUGUCCUUCAAAAUCUCCGAGCUCUUGGCUACAGGCACUGCUCGGAACUGGCAGAGUCACGCCUCACGGUAGACUUUGCUAGCCAGUUGGAGAACGAAGGACUUUGGCACUGGGGCAUUUUCGUCUUGCUGCACCUCAAGCGUCGGCUACAGCGAGAACGGGCUGUGCAGCAGAUGCUGCAGCGCAACGUAAUGGUAUCUGCCAAGAUACCUUUAAAUGCAGAGGAGUGCUUUGUUGUGGACGAUUUAAAUGUACCUAUGUCUUGGGUAGAUUACGCCAAGGCAGUGCAAGCCGGUGCAUUGGGAAAACGACACCUGCAAGCCAAGUACCUGUUGAAGGCCAAACACUGGGUGCAAGCGCACGAGAUUAUCUUUCAGUACAUAGCUCCUGAUGCGAUUAUAAACGGACGAAUGGAUUACCUGCACAGCCUUCUCAUCCAGUUCGAGAACACCGAGGGCAGCAGCAUUCGUGUGCCCAACUGGGCCAACCAGGGUCAGAUAUUCCUGGACUUUAUUGAUAUCAGUGCCAAGUUCAACCAGAUUCAACACACGAAAAACAUCGCAGAUAUUAACGCGCGCUGGGAGAACCUAAAGCCUCAGCUUAGUGAGCUCUGCUCAAGGAUUGCCCUACUUCCGUGUCCCACUUCAAAGCAUCGGCUCUGCCAGAGCGAGAUCUCGCAAAGCAUAAGCUAUCUGGUUCACGGCAUGUGCAUCAUCUGCCCCAACACGGAAUUGUCCUCUGUGCUAAGGGUGGCACUGGAACGGCUGCCGCUGCCGCAGGAGUUCUCGUCAAAGGAGCUGCGCAUCCUUCUGGAGGAAUUGCUGGAUAACAUGGAAAACUCGGUGCGCUUUAAAUUGCGACAGCCCAUGGAAACAUAAGAAAAUAACAUUUGAUUAAAGAUUAUUUGUCUAGUUUAGGUUCAAAUUAGCUUAGGUAUAAAGAUUUGAUUAGCAUCUCACUCGCUCGCGAAAGGAAGCCACAUGUAGGAUAGGUCUGAGUAUUGCAUCAUACAUCAUGAAUGCUCUAUAGUUAAUACAUUAAUGUUUCGUCAGAAAAGACAAUGCCAGAAGAAUAAUUAUUUUUGUUAAUUUGUUUACUUGAUUUCUAAAUGCUUGCUAUGUAAACCUAGUUUUCUUGGUCAAAUUCAUGAACAUAUAAAGUAAAACUCUGUUCUUAACAACUAUA